UAUAUGACUUAUCCUCAACCUUUGUCCGCUAAACAUCGCAACUCAUUUGCUUAUGUGACUGUACGAGAUCGCUUGCCUACUAUAUUAGGCAGAGUGAUAGAUUUUGUUUAUAGAAGUUGGGAUGGAUUUAGGAAAAAAUAUGGCAAGGAAGCUGAGGAAGAUAUUAACUUAAUAAAUGCUGCUCUAUCCAGAUUGCAUUAUCAAAUACAAACAAAUAAACCAUUGGAGCCUAUUACUGAUAAUAAAGAUGAUAAAAUUUUAUGGAACAGUGAAUUUGAUAAAUUAUUUAAAAAAGAUGGUAAUUUAUUAUGGUUUGAAAGUCCUUGGUUAUUUAUUGAGACCUUUAUGUAUAGAAAAAUUAAUGAAUCCUUUUUUAACAGCAAAUUUCUGCAAGAUUUUGAUCCAUUUUCUGAAAUUAAACAUCAAUCAUUUGAGAAUUCAAUUGAUGCUAUAUUGAUAAUAUGUGAAUAUUUAUAUAAGCUAAAUAACCUAGGGUGGGAAGAUAGUGAUGCCAUGGAAGCUAUAUUUCACAAGAUUAUGAAAGUUUCAUUAUGGGGUAAUAAAUUUGAUUUAUCCUUAUCCAAUAUGAAUGCCACACAAGUUGUUGAAAAUCCCUUAGUGAAUUUAGAUUCUUUUGACCCUUUUAUUAUGCGCAAUGAUUUACAGUUUGUUUUAAAUCACUUAAAGAGAUUAAAGGAAAGAUCACUGGGUGCCACUAAUAAUUUGCACCAGAAAGGGUUGUAUAUUCGCACAAUCGAUUUAAUAUUAGAUAAUUCUGGUUUUGAAUUAUUUACUGAUCUGGUUUUAGCAUAUUACUUAUUAAAAUCAAAUUAUACAGAUAGAAUCAUUUUAAGAGGCAAGAUAAUGCCUUGGUAUGUAUCAGAUACAACUGCUAAAGAUUUUAUUGACCUAUUAACUUGGCUAUCUAACCCUGAAGAUGAUUGUGAAAAUCACCAAAAAUAUAAUGAUUUAUAUGUCAGAGAAGAUGUAAAAAACAAAACUGAGGCUGGGGAAGAUCCUAAAAAUAUAUCAGUUAUAGACAAAGAUAUGAAGGAAGAAAUGAAAUUUUAUGGGAAAUGGUUUGCUCGAGAAAUAAAACAAUUGAUGGAAAAUAGAGAUUGCAAAACACUACAUGAUAGAGAUCUAUCUCGUAUUGAAUACAAGGACAAUUAUUAUUGGACCCUUCCUAGUGACUAUGAUGCAAUGUCUGACCUUGAUCCCAAACUAUAUCAAGAAUUAUCACAUUCCGAUUUGCUAAUUUUUAAGGGAGAUUUGAAUUUUCGAAAAUUAGUUGGUGACUUGCAAUGGAUACCUCAUACAUCUUUCAGAGAAGCACUUAGGCGGUUUACACCUGCCCCUUUAUUAACUAUGAGAACAAACAAAAGUGAUCUAAUAGUGGGGAUUUCUCCUCAAAUUGAAGAAAUCGCAGAAAAGACGUAUCCCCAAAACUGGAUGAUAUCGGGAGAAUAUGCAAUUAUAGAAUUUGAUCGUUGAUUAAUUCUCCAAGCAUUUUUUUUCUAGAAAAUUAUUCACAAAUGUGAUAGUAAUAUUUUGUAAUAUUCCUUUUUUUUUAAAUAGUCAAUUAAUAAUAGGCUGAUACACAAUUUGCAAUACCAUAAAAAUUUAUUAACAAAAAAAUAAUAG